AUGCACACUAAGCAGACCCUCAUGGCGCUCCUCGCCAUCGGCGGUAUGACCGCCAACUGCGCUCCCUUUCGAGAUAAUCGCCAGCACGGCCACCAUCCUUCCUUUCGUAUCGACAGCUCCGGCAACCCUUCGCUCCUCGCCGAACGCGGCUACGUUGUGAAUGAGCAUCGCCUCCACGAGCACGGCUUGGGGGAGGAGACCAACUACGUCCUUGCCGGGCGCGAGGCCAAGGGCGCCGAUGACGCUAAUAAGAAGAGCACGGAAAAGACGGAGGCGGAGAAGAAGGCUGAGAGGGAGAAGGCCGACAAGGAGAAGGCUGAGAAGGAGAAGAAGGAAAAGGAAAAGAACGAGAAAGAGAAGAAGGAAAAAGAGGCAGCCGGCAAAGCAAAGACUACCGGCAAGCUGGUCAGGCGUUCUGGGGGAGGAGGAGACAACAGUGGCCCGGGCGGCGGCGGCGACGCCAGCAGUAGCCACGGCGGCAGCGGCAAUGGUGGCGGCAACGAUGGCAACGAUGGCAACGAAGGUGAAAAAAGCAGCACCCCCGCUGCCAGCAGCGCCGCCGAGGCCGAGAGCAGUGCUCCCGCUAGCAGUGCCCCCGCCAAUGUUCCCGCCAGCAGUACUCCCGUCGAAAACAGUGCUCCAGCUAGCAGCGCCGAGGUCGAGGACAACGCUCCCGCCAGUAGUACUCCCGCACCCAGUGCGCCGGCUUCCAGUGCCCCCGCCAGCAGUGCUCUCCCCAGUAGCAACGCCGAGGUCGAGAACAGUGCUCCCGCUAGCAGUGACCCCGCGUCCAGCGCUCCUGCCAGCAGUGCUCCCGUCGGAGCUGAUGCCAGCAGCGCUCCCGGUCCCGCAUCCAGUGCAGGUGAUGCCAACAGCGCUCCCGCGCCCAGUGCUCCCGCCAGCAGCGCGCCAGCGUCCGGUGGAGGUGAUGCUGGUAGUGCUCCCGCUAGCGUUGCUCCUGCUAGUAGCGCCCCCGCCAGCAGUGAUGCCGUCAGCAGCAACGCUCCCGCAGCAGUCAACAGUGAUGCCGCCAGCAGCGCUCCUGCAUCCAGCAAUGCUCCCGCAGCCGUUAACAGUGACGCCGCCAGCAGCAGUGCACCCGCUUCCAGCAAUGCUCCCGCAGCCGUCAACAGCGAUGCCGCCAGCAGCGCUCCCGCGUCCAGCAGUGCAGCCGCUCCUUUAGCUGCCAGCAGCAGUGAUGCCGCCCCCGUAGCCGCCAGCAGCGGUGCUCCCGCUUCCAGCAACGCUCCCGCCGUCGCCAGCAACGGAGAUGCCGCCGUCGUGAGCAACAGUGCUCAAGCUGCCCCCAGCAGCAGCGCUCAAGCUCCGGCCAGCAGCAGCGUCGAUGUUACUGCCAGCAGUGCUCCUGCCGUCAAUGCUCCUGCCAGCAGCAGCAGCAGUGCAGGUGAUUUCGCCGCCAACGCUGGCACGUCUAGUGAUGCCACGACCAGCAGCGCUGCGCCAUUCGUAGCCGUCGAAACCGAUGUCACCACCAGCACACCAGCUACUGCGUCUGAAAGCAAUAACGCACCAAAUGUAGUCUCCGAGAGCAACACCGCGACAGUUUCAGCCCCCGAAACCAGCAGCACUCCAAUUGAGGCUCUCGACGAUACCGCCAGCACGGCAAGCAGCAGCACGUCUAGCAGCACGCCCGCGCCCGCCGCCGUUGCGCCCAGCAGCAGCUCUCCUGGCAAUAACUCUCCCGCCGUCGCUGCGGCCAGCAACAACUCUCCCGCCGCCGUUGCGCCCAGUAGCAGCUCUCCUGGCAGGAACUCUCCCGCUAUCAUCGCGCCUAGCAGUAACACUCCUAGUAGCAGCUCUCACAGCAGCAGCACGUACACGCCCUCGCCCGCUAUUAUCGCGCCUGGCAGUAGCACGCACAUCAGCAGUGCGCCUGGUAGCAGCAACAGGCCCAAUGUCGUUGCGCCUAGCCCCAGCAGCAGCACUCUUUCUACUUUCAUCAAAGCCAUGUCUAGUAACGCCCCUUUUAGUAGCACUACGCAUAGUACUACUUUAAGCAACGCCGCUUCUAGCAUUAAGCCCGCGUUCAGCAGCGCCGCGCCUAUCAGCCCUUCUUCUAGCAGAACCACUUUCAGCAGUGCUAUUUCCAGCAUCAAGCCUGCGCCCAACAACGUCGCGUCUAGCAGCGCCGCUUCUAGCAUUAAGCCCGCCUUCAGCAACGCCGCUCCUAGCAGCACCCCCUCAAGCAUCAAGCCCGCAGCAAGUAGCGCUCCUUCAAGCAUCAAGCCCGCAUCCAUCGCUGCCCCCUCGAGCAGCAAGCCCACAUCGAGCAGCGCCCCGUCAAGCAUCAAGCCUGCAUCUGUCGCUCCUUCGAGCAUCAAGCCCGCGUCGAGUAGCUCUCAUUCGAGCAGUGCUCCUUCAAGCAGCAAGCCCGCGUCUGUCGCUGCCUCAAGCAUCAAACCCGUGUCGAGCAGUACUCAUUCGAGCAGCGCUCCUUCAAGCAUCAAGCCCGCAUCUACCGCCGCUUCGAGCAAACCAACGUCCAGCAGCGCCACUUCCAUCAAGCUCGCGGCGAGCAGCCCCACUUCCAUCAAGCCCGCGGCGAGCAGCCCCACUUCCGUCAAGCCCGCGUCCGUCGCUUCGUCGAGCAGCAAGCCCACGUCCAGCAGCGCCUCCAUCAAGCCCGCGGCUGCGAGCAGCGUCGCUUCCGCUAAGCCCAUGUCGAGCAGUGCCACUUCCGUCAAGCCCGCGGCGGCGAGCAGCGCCGCUCCCAACAGGCCCACGUCGAGCAGCGCUACUUCCAACCGUCCCGCAGCAAGCAGCGCUGCUGCUUCCAGCAAAGCCGCUACUGGCAGCACUACACUUAGAACUGUUGCUGCUGCCAGCAACGCUGCUUCCAGCAAGCCUUCUUCCAGCAGCGCCACUUCUAGAGCCACGUCUGCCAACCCCGCUCCUACUAGGUCUACUGUUGCCAGGCGCGACGCGAAGCAUGGCAGUGACGAUAAGAAUAAUGGUGCCGACGAUAAGAAGGGCGGUGCUGACGACAAGAAGUACGGUGCUGAUGACAAGAAGAACGGUCCCGACGACAAGACCAAUGCCGCCGCUUCAAGCAACGCUGCUGCCGGCCCCAAGGUCAACGGAGAUGACAAGAAUAAGAACAAAGGGACCAGCAAGGUGAGCACUUCUGACAACAAGGGCAAGGGAGAUGACAAGAAGAGCCAAGACCAUUCCAAGCGCGGUCCUUGCUGGAAAGUCAAAUGUUGA